UUACAUCGAAGGAGCGUCGUCAUCAGACUCAGACGGGGAAGGCUCGCCGUCAAAGUCCAGAUCGGGAAGCAUGCCGCUGCUGCAGAAGAAAACGACUUCCAUGUCCCUGACGAUACGCUCGCCGUCCCCCAAAACGCCGGAGGUGCCGCCGCAUCGCUCCACGCUGGUCCAGUCGCUGUCGCGGCCUCCGCAGCGGACGCAGAGCCCGCUGUCGUCGCUGUAUGGCGGCGAAGGGUCGGGUCCGCCUACAUUCACAAAACUGCUGCAGGACGCCCAGGCGUCCGAGGGUCAGGUGGUGGUUCUGGAGUGCAGGGUCCGCGGGAGCCCGCCUCUCCAGGUCAGGUGGUACCGCCAAGGCGAGGAGAUCCUGGACUCCCCGGAUUUUCGGAUCCUCCAGAAAAAGCCUCGAUCGGCGGCGGAGUCAGGUACGCCCUAUGAUCGCUUGUCUGACUUAACAGGUGUAACACGCGGUGUCGCCAGCCAAGACGAGAUCUGCACUCUGGUGAUCGCCGAGGCCUUUCCGGAAGACGGAGGCCUGUUCUGCUGCACCGCCUCCAACUCGUACGGCGCUGUGAACACCUCCGCCCAACUGACCGUCACAGCGGGAGCCGAGGACUCCUCCACCAGUAACUGCGUGUCUGGAGAUAGCGCCGCGCUGGAGGAUGGGGCGUCCUUCCCCCCACCGCCGCCCCCGCCCACCGAGAUUAGCCUGCUGGAACUGCCACCCAAGAUGCCGCCUCAGGAAACGGAGCUGUGGCCGCCGGAGGCCGAGGAAAAGCACGAGGAGACGAUCUGUGCGCCCGACGGCCAGCCCUCCUCUCCACCGUCUCCACCUGCAGUACCUGCAUCCCCGCCUCCGCCUCCACUUCCUCCACCUUCUCCUCCACCGCGAUCUGACCACACUCCCGUCCAGAUAACAUCAGACUCACCUCCCACCCCCGGAAAGUUGUCUCCAUCCCCCGGGAGGGAGGCCCCGCCGCUUCCCACCAAGCCCAAACCGAAGCUCAACGCAUCCCAGCUGAAGCAGCUUCAGGAGCAGAUUCUAUUGGAGCAGCAGGAAGCCGCCAUCUGGCAACAGCAGGGCCAGGAAGUCCCGCCUCCUCCGCAGGAAGUGAUCCCGUCCGACUCCCCGUCUCCGCCCCUUCCUCCUCCUCCAUCCUUCCAGGAGCUGGAGAGCAGCGCCGCCAUGCAGGCAAGCACCUUCAACUACGCCCGGCCCAAGCAGUUCAUCGCCGCCCAGAACCCCGGCGGGGGCGGCGGCGGGUACGCCACCCACUCCUCGGGGUCCUCGGCCUCCAGCUUGUCGUCCCCCCUGUCCCCGCCCGUCUCGCACAAAGCCUUCGGCAAGAUGGCCACGCCGCCGCCGUUCUCCAAGGGCGUGGACUCGCCCGGCUCGCCCUCCUUCCCGCCCCCGCCGCCGCCCUUCUUCGCGUCCGCCGACUUGCCUUCGUCGUCGGGCGGCGCCCAGGACUUCCCUCCUCCGCCUCCUCCCCCCCCUCCUCCCCCGCCGCCGCCGCCGCCCGCCUGCGUGUCCCCCGCCCUCUCGGACGCGUCUUCGCCCUUCUCGUCCGUCCCCCUGUCUCCGGCCUCCAGCUUCCUGUCCUCGGUGCUGCCGGCCACGCCCACCGCGCCCGGCGGCCCCGCAGUCAACGCGCUCGGCCUCCCCAGAGGCAACGGCACAGUGAAAGCCUUCCCCAAGAAGUCGCCGGCCGCUCGCGCGCCUCGCCUGGCGUCCGACUCGGACAUCCAAGGCUCCAAGGACGCCGUCAUCCAGGACCUGGAGAGGAAGCUGCGCUUUAAAGAGGAGCGCGUCAGCAACGGCCAGCAGAGGCUAACCUAUGAGGAGAAGAUGGCUCGCAGGCUGCUGGGCGCCGACAACGCCGCCACCGUCUUAAAGGCGCAGGACGCCGAGGAGGAGCCCGCCACGCAGGAGUACAAGGUGUCCAGCUUCGAGCAGCGGCUCAUCAGCGAGAUCGAGUUCCGCCUGGAGCGCUCGCCCGUGGAGGAGUCGGACGACGACGUGCAGCACGAGGCCGGGCGCGCGGCGGGCCGCGGGGCGGCGCCCUCCUUCCUCAGCAAGCUCAAACACUACAAAGUGUUCGAGGGCAUGCCCGUCACCUUCAGCUGCAAGGUGCACGGAGACCCCAAACCCAAGGUGUACUGGUUCAAAGACGGCAAGCAGAUCUCCAAGCGCAGCGAGCACUACCGCAUCGCCCGCGGCGCCGACGGCACGUGCACGCUGCGCACGGCCGCCGCCUCCCUCGACGACGACGGCAACUACACCGUCAUGGCGGGAAACCCGGAGGGUCGGGUGAGCUGCACGGGCAGGAUGAUGGUGCAGGCCGUCAACCAGCGAGGGCGCAGCCAGCGAUCGGCGCCGGGGCACGUGCGCAGGCCGAGGUCGCGCUCCCGAGACAGCGGCGACGAGAACGACGGCAUCCAGGAGCGUCACUUCCGCCCGCACUUCCUGCAGGCGCCCGGCGACAUCAUCGUGCAGGAGGGGCGACUGUGCCGCAUGGACUGCAAGGUGAGCGGCCUGCCCACCCCGGACCUGCUGUGGCAGCUCGACGGCCAGACCGUCCGGCCCGACUCGGCCCACAAGAUGUUGGUGCGCGAGAACGGCGUCCACUCGCUGGUCAUCGAGCCCGUGAGCGCCCGCGACGCCGGCGUCUACACGUGCGUCGCCAGGAACCGCGCCGGGCAGAACUCCUUCAACCUCGAGCUCAUCGUCGCAGCCAAGGAGAUGCACAAGGCUCCGUCGUUCUCGGAGAAGCUUCAGAACACAAGCGUGGCGGACGGGCACCCCGUGCGUCUGGAGUGUCGCGUCAGCGGCGUCCCGUACCCGCAGAUCUUCUGGAAACGCGAGAACGAGUCGCUCACGCACGACACAGACAGAAUCAGCAUGCACCAGGACAACUGCGGCUACCUGUGCGUGAUCAUCCAGCCGGCCACCAAGGAGGACGCCGGAUGGUACACCGUGUCGGCCAAGAACGACGCCGGCAUCGUGUCCAGCACCGCGCGCCUCGACGUGCACGCCCAGUGGCAGCAGGCGAGCGUGCCGAAGGUGAAGCCGCUGCGUCCGUCCAGCAGCCGCUACGCCGCCCUGACCGAGCGCGGCCUGGACGUCAAGGCGGCCUUCUUCCCCGACUGCAGCCCUCUGCCGCCCGGUUCCCUCGUGGAGAGCGACGACCUGUAGGGGGCGCCGUCCCUCCCUUCGCGGGUGUCGAGACCUUCCUGCUUUUCUCUUUUUGUUUUGUUUGUUUUCAAGCGACUGGAAAGUGCG